CCAGGGGAAGUGACGUCAGGCCUCUCCGGAGGCCCUCUGGUGGAUCGCCGCGGCCCCUCCUCCCCGAGCGGCCGCCUUUUCCCGCGCGAGCUGCCUCUGGUGCUCGGGCCGCCCGCGGGGAAACAUGGCGUCCGCCCUGGAACAGUUCGUGAACAGUGUCCGACAACUCUCGGCUCAAGGGCAAAUGACCCAGCUUUGCGAACUGAUCAACAAGAGCGGGGAACUCCUUGCGAAGAACUUAUCCCAUCUGGACACUGUACUAGGGGCUUUGGAUGUACAAGAACACUCCUUGGGUGUCCUUGCUGUUUUGUUUGUGAAGUUUUCUAUGCCCAGUGUUCCUGACUUUGAAACAUUAUUCUCACAGGUUCAGCUUUUCAUCAGUACUUGUAAUGGAGAGCACAUUCGAUAUGCAACAGACACUUUUGCUGGGCUUUGCCAUCAGCUAACAAAUGCACUUGUGGAAAGAAAACAGCCCCUGCGAGGAAUUGGCAUCCUUAAACAAGCCAUAGACAAGAUGCAGAUGAAUACAAACCAGCUGACCUCAAUACACGCUGAUCUCUGCCAGCUUUGUUUGCUGGCAAAGUGCUUUAAACCUGCCCUUCCAUAUCUUGACGUGGACAUGAUGGAUAUCUGUAAAGAGAAUGGAGCCUAUGAUGCCAAACACUUUUUAUGUUACUAUUAUUAUGGAGGGAUGAUCUAUACUGGGCUGAAGAACUUUGAAAGAGCACUGUACUUUUAUGAACAGGCUAUAACUACUCCUGCCAUGGCAGUCAGUCAUAUCAUGUUGGAAUCAUAUAAAAAAUAUAUUCUAGUGUCUUUGAUAUUACUCGGCAAAGUACAGCAGCUACCGAAAUACACGUCUCAGAUUGUGGGUAGAUUCAUUAAGCCUCUUAGUAAUGCAUACCAUGAGUUAGCACAAGUUUAUUCAACUAAUAACCCUUCAGAACUCCGAAACCUGGUGAACAAGCACAGUGAAACUUUCACCCGCGAUAACAACAUGGGACUGGUGAAGCAAUGUUUAUCUUCUCUCUAUAAGAAGAACAUUCAGAGGCUAACAAAGACAUUUUUAACACUAUCAUUACAAGAUAUGGCAAGUCGUGUGCAGUUAUCUGGACCUCAGGAGGCAGAAAAAUAUGUUCUACACAUGAUAGAAGAUGGUGAAAUUUUUGCAAGUAUUAAUCAGAAGGAUGGUAUGGUCAGUUUCCAUGAUAAUCCUGAAAAAUACAAUAACCCAGCCAUGCUUCAUAACAUCGAUCAAGAGAUGCUGAAGUGCAUAGAGCUGGAUGAGAGACUGAAGGCCAUGGACCAGGAGAUCACAGUAAAUCCCCAGUUUGUGCAAAAGAGUAUGGGCUCACAAGAAGAUGAUUCAGGAAACAAACCCUCCAGUUACUCCUGAAACUAACACCCAUCCCAAGUACAACAAGAAAACCUGGCAUUCACCUUCGCCACAGCGAAGUUACGAGGGCAGCAGGGAGUACAAGCCUGUUCCACCUGGACAUUAAGAAAUUCAGUUUUGUUUUGACAUCUUCAGCCCUAUGUGCUUUCAGAAAACCAUUCUCUCUGCAAAGAACGGAAAAAAAUUUUCAAACUUUAGAGUCUGUUGUGGAUUUAUUUAUCCUCAGAUUAUUGUUAUUGCAUUAAAUUUACCUUUUUGUUUUAAUUCCUUCAA